GUCUUCGGUAGUAAGCAUCGUUCCGGAAACGCCAAUUGUAGUUGCCAAUAUAGAUGGUUUGGGAGGAAGUAGAUUGCCGGGUGACAUGUGCCAAUCGGUCUUUGACUAUUCGACUACCAAAGCGCAACGGCGAAGAUGCUAACGACGCUGAAGCAGAGGAAGGGGAGCAAGAUGGAGGAAAGGUUUACUUUAUUGACGGCGACGAGUUUGUCACGGACCCAGACGAGAAAGGUGACGAGAAGGUUGAUGUGGAUGGCAAUCUUCUAGGAGGUCUCAAGUUUAAGUGCCACACCUUUGUGCUACCCCAGCAGCACUCAAGGUUUCGUGAUUCUCUAUAUUUCUUCUGGCGUAAUCUGCUCACGCUCAAGCUCUCCGUUACGCAGCACGAAAGGGAGUUCCUCAUCUCUGCAGGGAAGCUCGGUGCACACCUGAAAACGCGUACACAUAAACUAUAUGGUGUCAAGGUGAUCCUGGAUGGCCGCUGGGUCACAGACAACUACUACAGAUCGAAAUGUCUUGCUGAGAUCACAGAAAAAGGAUUUAAGCCAGGCGACCUUGUCGGCAAGCUUCCCGACCCCCCGGGUGUCUCAUCUCAAAGUGCACCUUCAGGCCAGCAGUCCACCACCUCUACGUCAUCGGGUAUAUAUUGAGCGGGAGGGCCUACAACCAUUUUCGGGAGCACCGGUUGGGGACCGUUUAGUGAUGGUCCACACAGCGCGGUGCGCAAAUCGCUGCUAACAA